GACAAUUUCCGGAAGAGGUCACCAUGGCUGCCAGAGAGAAGGUACUGGCCUUACAAGCUGAAGUUGCCCAACGUGAGGAGGAAUUGAGUUUCUUGAAGCAGAAGCUGGCGGCGGCUCUUUUGGCGGAGCAAGAACCACCGCUAGAACAUCUGGAUCCACUGUCGCCGCUGCCGCCGAAGGCCGCCCUCUCCCGAGAUGAAAUUCUGCGCUAUAGUCGGCAGCUAGUUCUGCCUGAGCUGGGCGUGCACGGACAGCUUCGCCUGGCGACCGCAUCCGUGCUUAUCGUGGGCUGCGGUGGGCUCGGUUGUCCACUGGCGCAGUACCUGGCAGCAGCCGGCGUGGGUCGCCUUGGCCUCGUGGACUACGACGUGGUAGAGAUGAGCAACCUGGCCCGCCAAGUGCUUCAUGGCGAGGCACUGGCCGGCCAGGCCAAGGCCUUUUCAGCUGCCGCCUCUCUGCGCAGGCUGAAUUCUGCAGUGGAGUGCGUGCCCUACGCCCAAGCCCUUACGCCAGCCACAGCUCUAGACCUGGUUCGCCGCUAUGAUGUGGUGGCCGACUGCUCUGACAAUGUGCCUACUCGCUAUCUGGUUAACGAUGCAUGUGUGCUGGCCGGUCGCCCUCUUGUGUCUGCCAGCGCCUUGCGCUUCGAGGGCCAAAUCACAGUCUACCACUAUGACGGUGGGCCUUGCUAUCGCUGCGUAUUCCCGCAACCACCCCCAGCUGAGACAGUGACCAAUUGUGCGGAUGGCGGGGUGCUCGGUGUCGUGACUGGUGUCCUUGGCUGCCUGCAGGCGCUGGAAGUGCUGAAAAUCGCUGCGGGUCUGGGCCCCUCUUACAGUGGCAGGAUGUUGCUCUUCGAUGCCCUCCGAGGGCAUUUCCGUUGUAUUCAGCUCCGGAUCCGGAGGCCUGACUGUGCUGCUUGCGGUGAGCGGCCCACUGUGACUGACCUGCAAGACUAUGAAGCCUUUUGUGGCUCCUCAGCCACCGAUAAGUGCCGCUCCCUGCAGUUACUGAGCUCGGAGGAGCGGGUUUCUGUCACCGACUAUAAGCGACUUCUGGAUUCUGGGGCACCUCACUUGUUGCUGGACGUCAGGCCCCAAGUGGAAGUGGACAUCUGUUGUUUGCCUCAUGCCCUGCACAUCCCUUUGAAACAUUUGGAACGGAGGGAUGCAGCGAGCUUGAAACUUUUAGGAGAAGCCAUCGGGGAAGGGAAGAGGGACACACAGCCAGGGGCUGCUUUUUCCAUUUAUGUUAUUUGCAAACUAGGAAACGACUCCCAGAAAGCUGUGAAGAUCCUCCAGUCCUUAACAGAAGCCCACGAGUUAGACUCUUUAACAGUUAGGGAUGUUGUGGGGGGCCUCAUGGCCUGGGCUGCCAAAAUUGAUAGAACAUUUCCACAGUACUGAGAUGACAAGAAUAGUCUGAGAAAGCUGUGAAUUGCCAUAACACAUCAAAGAUUAUUUAUGUACAUUUUUUCAGUAAUAUAGAGAAGAGCCUGGGAUUCUACGUUGUUUGUGAAUUCAUCGGCUCCAUUUUUUACAAGGAGCUUUUCGAUUGUAAUGUGUUAGAUGACUGGCUUAGUAAUAUGCUGAAUUAUAUUAAUACUGUUUCUGAGAACUGCCAUGUGUUUUUAGCAGUUGCAGGAUGCCUUGAAAUGUAAGAUGUAAAGUGACAGAAUUUUGUGUUUUAAACUGCAGAUGAUUUGCCUGUCCUGCCUUUUUCCACCUGCUUCAAUCAAAAGACUCUUAAUCAUUCAUCUUAUACUUGGAAUUAAGACGUCAUAAACUUACUCUUACUAGAUUGAUCACAGGUGAUAUACUCAAGGUCAUUUCAUUGUUUAGUAAUAUAUUCAUCGGGUCUUUUUUCUACUUUAAAUGAUAGAGUAUAUCCUAUCAGAAAUAAGUGUUUAAUAUGUCAGUUGUGUUAAUUAUC